CUCAAAUUCUUAAUCUGAAAGGUAGUGCCUUUAGGUAGGCACCCGCUAUUACGACCUACCUGACUGUUUAUCACAAGAAUAAUUCAAGCAAAAGAUAAAAGAAAACCUUUCUUUAGCAGAAAAAAUUAAUUAACUCUUAUAUCGAUUUUAAUUUGAUUUUAUAAGUAAAAAUAUUUUUUGCGUUGAAACUUUAAUACAAUGUAUGUGCUAGAAUUUUUUGUUCUAUAUAUUAAGGAGAAACAUAAUUAUAUAUUUUAAUGGUAAAAAUAUGUUUAUUAUUAAAUAUUUUAGUUAUGUUUCUCUAUGGGGGUUUAAAAUAGAAGAACUUAAUUGUUGAAUAUCUGAUCUUGCGAAUGAAUGAAUGAAUUUUAAAUUGCUCUUGAAUUUCAGAUUUAAAUGAGUUCUGGAUUCUAUAGAAAUCCUUUUAUAUUUUCUUUGAUCCCGAUGAUUUCAGAUUACCAUAUGGUGCCUAUGAAAAAAAUUCUCAUUAAAAGUCAAAAAUAACCUUAGCGAUAGAAGCCUUUGGAAAUCCUAUACCUAGCCUAUCUCAUGUUGAAACUUCUGCAAUACGAAAAUUAUCGACAUGAAAACAGUAGCGCGAAGAAUUACGCAAACAACUAACAGAAAUUUUAAGCAAGAUCCAGAUAUAGUCCACGUUGCUGAAUUUUUAAUGAAUCGAUUCUGUUUGGUUACAUUUAAAAAAAAUAUUAUGAGGCAGGAUACCCCUCAAGCGCACUUGUUUAGUAUAGAUGACUCUCUUCUGUACCAAGGAUUCUUUGUUGAUUUUGGACCGCUGAACUUGGGACUGAUUUACAGAUACUGCUUGAUGGUUGCAAGUAAAUUGAACUCAAAAGAGUUGAGCCAGAAAAUGAUAAUCCACUACACUUGGAUGGACCCGAGGAAACGAGCUAAUGCCGGACUCCUGGCAGCCACCUUCGCCGUGCUCUAUUUAGGCCUCACGCCGAAAAAGGCCUGGGACAUUCUUCGCAUACAGAAGGGUAAUUACGAAAUGUCUCUCAGCAAAAUUGGUUAUCUGCCGUUCCGAGAUGCGCAACCUUUCACCAAUAAAGAAACUAUCGAAAAUACAAUAUCCAUCUACGACUGCUUAAAAGCUAUGGAUUGUGCAGUUGUUAACAACUUUGUUGACUUCAGUGACUUCUUGUUAGGACACUAUGAAGCAUUUCAGAUAAAUGGUUAUUCAUUAUUGAACUGGAUCGUUCCCUCCAAACUCUUGGCUCUUUGCAACCCGUCCAAAGAAUCCUUGUCCCCGCUGAAUAUCAAUAGGCUCAUUCGCUACUUCCUGCAUUACAACGUUGGAGUGGUUGUGAGACUCAACGAAGCUACCUACAGUGCUUUGAGGUUUACAGAUGUAGGGAUCAAACAUGUGGACCUUUAUUUUGAUGAUGGCACAGUACCACCAUAUGAAAUUCUUUGCGACUUUCUAAAUCUAGUUGAAAAUUCAAAACAGGCAGUUGCAGUGCAUUGUAGGGCAGGACUGGGUCGAACCGGAAGCUUGAUAGCUGCAUAUUUGAUGAAACAUUACCGCCUGACCACCAAGGAAGCAGUAGCGUGGCUAAGGAUAUGCAGGCCUGGAAGUGUAAUCAGUCACCAGCAGGCCUGGCUGGAUGCCAUGCAGUCCCAGCUCUGGGAAAGUGGCAAUAUUUAUAGAAUGAAUCACUCGGGGCUUCAAGAGCGCUUAACAAAACACAAGCUAGGGAUAUAUAGUAAAAACCAAAUAAAAGUUAAGAAAUCGUCGUAUUUGAUUAAAAGAAAGGAUUCUAGAAGAAAUUCUUGAAGUUUCAACUAACAAGAAAUAAAGAAUAAAUGUAUUAGGUAAGAAAAUCAAAUGAGCUGUCAAAAAUAAAAUUAAUUAAUUUCAGAAUUAUUCCUGAUUAUUCAAUACUGAUAAAUUAAACAAUUUUGCUUUUUGAAGUAUUGAGUACUGACUUCUAACUUCUUUUACAACAACUUUAGUGCAUUUGAUCUAUUUGCUUAAACAACUCAAUAAAUGUUCACUAGAUCUAUAUUGUUUAUAUAACAAUUAAUUUAUUCAGCGAAAAAUAGAACACUGUUAUCCCAUUACAUUGAUAAGAAUGGAAAAGAAUCAGCAAUUAAUAUGUUAUUUUACCACUUCAUUCUCUCUAAAUAUUGUACAUUGCAGGCAUAGGGGUUGUUGUUAGAAGAGGAGCAAACUGUUAAUUGGUCAUUUUUGACAACUCAAGGUAGCUACUUAUUGGUUGUCCUCCAGUUGUAGUAAGAAGAAUAUCAAGAUUCAAACUCGAUGAAUAAUAAAAUAUUUGACAAAGUUAUUUAUUAAACUAAUAAAUAUUAGUUGAUUUAGGUAAAAAUUAAACCUUCUCGGGUUCUUAUCUAAACAAGUUCAGCUAUCACAUCUCCCAGAUAUGGGAGUGUUCAAUCAAAUAUUUUUUUCUAACCUUUAUUUUAAGAGUGUUGGUGAAGUAAAAUUUACUUCAAUUCAGAAGAAUGGGCUGUAAAACAUGUUACUGUGUCUAGGCCUCCUCAAUAAAUAACUGCCAGGAUUCUCUGUCUAAUGCCGCUGCCAUCCAGUCCUUGUGUCUCUAGCCACACAACCAAUGCUCCGAGCUUUGGUCUGCCGACCCUUUUUUUAUCUGUGGAUGACCUUCAAAAGCAGUUUCCUCAUUAUUCAUCCUUGCCACAUCACCUUCCCACCUUAAUCUGACUUGCUUAACAACCGAAGCUGUCAGGCACACCUUAGAGAUCUUAAAUCUCCUUUUUGGUCUUGUUAAUAAUGAUAAUAAUCUUCUGAAUUAUUGAAGGAAGUUAGGCGACUGUUCUACAUAUCAUGCAUAAUAAAUAUUCAGGACGCAGUCAUUAUAAAGUUUUUAUUUUUGCCGUUUCAACCCAAAACAUGUGGGUCAUCAUCAGGGGCAGUGGGUGGUUUGAGUACUGAAGGUAUUCAAGUACUCAAUGUCGGCAAAAAGAAAAACUUUAUAAUGACUGCGUCCUGAAUAUUUAUCACCCAUGAUAAUAAUCGUCUGUUAAUAAUGAUAGGUAAUAUAAUAUUCACCAAAGAAUCUUUCUCACAAACAGCAGAAUGUUUAAAAUGCUAUUUAAAAAUGACUCCAGG